GUGUCUUCGUAUCUUGAGUUAACUGCAAACACGAGCGUUCUGACCCUUUUCACCGGUAUGUGCCUAAGGAUAUUUUGAGAGGAAAGUGUGCGUAUUUAUAUUCGUGAAAUUUGGAUACAACUGCGAAUCAUGAAUUCAACACCAUGGUUUAUUCUCAUCGCAUUUCUGCACAUGACUUCGAGUCGCCCUCAAUCCGAUUCCUACAGGAUACCGAAUGUAGAUUUCUCCUCAGCUGAAGAAAUAAACGGUCUAGAACCUAGUCCCAUACCAGGACUGGAGAAUAGAUCCUUCAACAACAACGGGAAUUUUUUGGAAGCAACGCUCGAAGAAGUUCAGAAUAUCUUGAAGGCCAGCCCAGAUUUACCCCGGUUGACGAAAGGCGAGAUCCUCGAUUUGAUCGAAAACAUUACCAAACAGGACAUGGAGAAACUACGUGCUUUAAAUAAGAACAGAACCGGAAAAUCGGUGCUUCUAGUCAUGCCCUACUCGCCGAAGAAAAACGGUGAGAACAUGGAAGAUUUGUACACCAAGAAACCAGUGACACAACUCAUCGACAACGACAACGCCACUGUCGAAAUUAAGAAAACGAACAAGAACAAAAAACCUUCGUUCAACUUCAAGAAAGACAGCACUCGUAUUUUCGGAAGGAACGUAACCAAAACCAGCUAUAAACUCACCUUCCCACCCACGCCUCCCACAGAACCAACAUCGGAAAUUCCGUAUGACACCACCUCUCCAAUGACCAAUGAGGCGUCAACUGUGGAGGUCACCACAUUCCGUCGAAGGGUCAGGCCACCUAGGACAAGACCACCAACCACUACAAGACCGACAACUACAAGACCAACCAGAAGACGUCGAAGGCCCACUGUCACCCCAUACAACACAGUCAAAGACCACCAGGAUCAACUCACAAGCCGGACCGACAAAUUCCUUCCUGAGAACGCUAUCCGUGUUACUAGACCACCAGUUUUUAGAUACACCAGAAGAACAACAACUACUACUGAACUUCCAGACCUCAGUAUCGCUGAAAGUUACCAAGACUAUGUCUAUGCCAAUCCUCCACCUGAGUUGAUCAGCCUGAAUCAGUAUGGUCCAUCAGUGUCUCCUUUCGCAACUCAAGAUGAACUCACUCGUCCAGGACCAGUCUUCAAGCCAAUUUCCAACCAAUUAUUCACAGACGAUGAUCUAAAUUCGCCCCCAAAAACGUCAACUUUCAAGCCUUUUCCUGCCAGUUUUGUUAUACCAGAAGGUUUCGAACACAUCUUCAGAGAUCUCAACUUAGAUUCACCCCAAACAAAAGAGAAAUUAUUAGAAGAAUCAGUCAGGAGUAACCAACCAAGAACCACAACAACCACAACUGAAUUUCCAAUUCCACCCGUUCCAGAGUUCGGAGAAGUUGCUGAUAACUUGAGUCCAGAAAUGAAAUCCUUGCUCAUGACUUUCGGCUUGAUACCCAACCCUGAGGAAAAAAGAAAGGUGAGAAAAGAAGAAAUUCCUUACACAUCUGGAGGAAUUGAAGACAAACCCGAAUCGUAUACUGGCUUCAAACCUUUGCCGGAGAACGGAGCACCAAACGAGGAGUUAGACUCCCUUCUGGCAUCUUUUGGACUAGGAAGGAACGCUAGGAGAAGUAAGAAAAUAGGGAAGAGGGUUGACACAAGUCCAGGCUUGGAUUUAUCGGUUGUUCCCGAGUCUAUGAUGGGCAUCGUCAGAAAUUUAGGAUUGAGUAACGAAAUUCCCAUAACAGAGAAGGCGUACGUAGGCAAAACCACCUCUAGUGAACCGACAAGAAACGAGAGAAUUGACGAUUUCUACGAGAAUGAUAUUGUGUCAGCUGAUGAUAUAUCAGAAAUAAAUCAGCUGCCCAAUGACAAUGUGACAGAUGUUGAACCUUCUGAAAAGAAUUCAACAGAUUCUGCAUCAGUCUCUGUAGAUACUUCAACAUACUCUGUAGAGCCUAUAGAUGAUCCAACUUACUCCGAAGAGAAUUCAACAUAUUCUGAAGCCAUGAAGGACCUAGAUAUUUCCACAACAGAGCAACCAGAUCCACAAGGAAUGGACGACAUCAACAGUACAACAAUCGAACCUCAACCAGAUAAUAAUACGAAUGAGAUAUUGAUAAAUGAAGCCUCGAAAAAUGUUGAGCAUACUGAAACCACGACGAAAGCUACCUCCACUAGCGUAGUAUUCAACCCCACUGACCAGAAAAUAGUGCAGAAAGAGAAAGAACAAUUGGAUAAAUUGGUUGAGUUGAUCAAGGCUCUGAAACGUAUCAACGGUUCGGCCACUGAAGAAGACUUCAAGAAUUUCGACCUAGAAACACUCAAAGAAUUCACUAAGGUACUCAAUGAAUCUCAAAGAACAGCUUUUCGAGAGCAGAUAGAGAACGAAAUAAAUCCAUUGAACAGCUUCGAGGAUAACCCAAGAUUCAAGCCUAAAAGACAGGAGAUGACAACCGAACAAGCCACUACCGAAGAAACGACUGAAUCUAAAAUAGAGCCCAACUUCUUGGAGGACUCUUUCGGGAAGUUGCCGGAGGAAGAAAUAGAAACACCGACCACUAGAACAUAUCCUAGUGGAGUUUAUUACCUGAUAGAUUGGAAUACCUUCCUGGAGGUUGACAAUACGAAAGGUACCCAUGUUAAUUUGAGGUUCCAACCGAAAGUUGGCGAUCCUGGACGGUUUUAUGCGAUAAACAAUAAUUGAGAAGAAAAAUCGCAGGGUUUUCAGUGAAAACAUAACAUGGAAAACUUUUGGUUCAGUUUGAAAAGUGAAGGACGCUGUGAAAUUUGUAUAAAAGCGACGAAUAGUUUCUAAAGACUGAUUAUUAUCUUAGAUCGAUGAAGAAGAUUUCAAAAUAAAAUUUUUUAUAUGCCAAACGUUUGUAUAUAGGUACCUACAUAGUUUAACUAGUUGUUCAGUAGUUGGAUAUAAGAGGAAAUAAAAUUUACGAUUUGGAAUCAAGUCAACUCAUUGUAGAUUG